CAUUAAUUAAAAAUGCAGAACUUCAUAUCCAGACCCUCCAGGACCAAUACCAACGAAUUUGGACAUCGCCGAGAGGAUUCUUUCGACUACAAUGAAUUCAAGAAUUUGGCUUCGAGUUUGAUCACUUGUCAGCAUCAAAAAGAAUGGAAUCAUCAGCCAAGACUUACUUAAAUACUUCUAAAUUAGAGUUUAACUGUGAUGUUUGAUGGGGUAAUACUCAAAGAGCAAUGCACCUUAUAUCCGAAUGUUCUUAAAAUCGAUUGUCAUUGCAUCCAGCUUUCGUAGUAUUAAAUAAAGAGGAAACAAUUGAUCCACAAUAAUAAAAAGUGUUACCUCCUCCUCCUUGGCAACGACAUUAUGCUAUUCUUCAGCAAUUUCGAUAUCCAGAAGCAUUGGUAUAACCAGAUUAAGCAAUUCUGCAUAAUGAAAAACCUUCUAGUCAAAUAUCGGUUGUAAGAACAGUUAUUUCAAGAUUUCUACUCCAUCAUCAAAAAGAAGGUAAGGAGAUCUAACUAUCCAAGAAUCGACAGUAGUUUUCGGCCUACAUCAUCAAUAAGCAACAGCCCUUCCUGGAACAGACAUUUGGGUUGUUGCAUGAGAGCAAGAAUCAUUCCAUUUUAAAAAUCAAGAGGAUCUACGAAGACACCAAUAAUUAUGUCAUGAUUACUGAAAGGUUUGAGGGAGAACCGGUCUUUAAUUUCCUACUUGAGAACAUACAAUUCAUGGAAGUACAAGUUGCAACAGUAUGAUCAAAUACAUAAACCUUAGUUGAUUUACUAGAUUUUACUAUUGUUGCGUUAUUUGAAUGAGCAUUAGGCCUAUCAUGGCAAUAUCAACGCAUUAAACAUAUUAAUCAAUAGAGAAAGUCAGUCCUUGGAAAUUGGAGUUAUUGGAUUUAUAUAUUAUGUAAAAAGAAUAAAUAAAAUCGAUAGCCAUUCAAAUAGGGAGAUGAUAUAAGCGAAUAUCUGAAAUGGGUCAAUCUCAAUAAGUAUUAUUGGAGUGGCUUUGAAGAAAAUCAAAUACCUGGAAUCAAUUCGGAUCUCUAUUAAUUGGGAGUUCUACUUUAUAUCAUCACAUUUUAUACGAAAAUCAAUCAAGAUUUGAAAGUAUGCACAUUAAUAAUAAUAGCGGAAAAGUGACCCUUACAAAUUGUUUUAAAAGUACAUGAAGGAAUUAGUAAUAAAAUAUGAACUGAUUGACGAAACCAUCGAAGUCUUAACAUGUUUAAUAUUAAUAUUUUAUUUAGAGAUGAAGACUCCAGAUUCAUAAUAUGUUCAUGUCUUCUCAUCAAGUCAAUUGGAUCUGAUCAAGAAGCUAUUGUCAAAUUGUUCUUUGUCUGAUGCUCUCACGCACUAAUGGUUUGUCAAUGCUAAACAGAAGGCCAAACCCCACAAUCAGCGUCAAGGAUUACCCACUCUGAAAACAAUCAUUGAAAUUAAGGAAGCAAGUGAUGGCGAAGCAAGUAAAUCAUAAACCAAAAGAUUCAGUAUACAAAGUGACAUGUAUGAUUCAAGUAAGCAUUAUUGUAAUGUUUAAGUGGAUGAGUGUCCGACUGUCUCAUAUUUGAUGCGCAACAUCUUAGAUUAUGAAAAGGCGCCAUGUAAAACUCAUCAUUCCUGAU